GGGCGGGCGGCGCGCAUGCGCAGUGCCCCCUCCGCCGUGAGGGCGGCAUCCGGCGGCUCCGAGCCCGCCUCUUCCUUUCUGCCCGCGGCCGCCAUCAUGGUGUUCAAGCGCUUUGUGGAGAUCGGGCGCGUCGCCUUCGUCGCCUUCGGGCCGCACGCCGGCAAGCUGGUGGCCAUCGUGGAUGUCAUCGACCAGAAUAGGGCCCUGGUCGAUGGCCCCUGCAGCGGUGUCAGGAGGCAGGCCAUGCCCUUCAAGUGCAUGCAGCUGACUGACUUCGUGAUCAAGUUCCCGCACAGUGCUCGUCAGAAGUGUGUGCGACGUGCCUGGGAGAAGGAAAAUAUAAAUGAAAAAUGGGCAGCAACAAGAUGGGCAAAGAAGAUUGAAGCCAGGGAAAAGAAAGCCAAAAUGACCGACUUCGAUCGUUACAAGGUUAUGAAAGCAAAGAAAAUGAGAAACAGGAUCAUUAAGCAUGAAAUCAGGAAGCUCCAGAUGAAGACUUCUAAAAAAGUCAAGAAGACAGUGAAGAAAGAGAAAUAAAAUGAGCUUCUAGUUAUGUUUUACUUUGUGUCCAUGUUCUGAUUCUUCAGAAAUGACAAAUGGAUCUAAAUUGUAAACAUAAGUUCAUUUUGCUCCUGA